AUUCUCGAUCGUGCAGAGCGAGUUGCGAAGCAGAAUGUUGCAGAGACGAAGGCCUGGAAGGAACAUGAUCCUGACUUUCAGUUAUGUUGGUCAUUUUUAGUCAAUCUCUCGCUCUCCUCCACACAAAAGCAAAAGAAGUUUUUUUAAGUCAUUUUCGAAUGGAGACUCAACGUGCAGCACGCGCACUUGCACAUCAUCAACAUCAUCAUUUCCCUUCCUCCCUUUUUCAUUGCCCCAAGCGCACCGCGACGCCGUGAACGCUCGCGACUGUCUUCUUUGGCUUAUCGAUCGAGCUGAGUCAUCCAUAGUUGCUGCGAGCAGGAGCAAUGCAGAUAGGGCUCAUACUCUGAAGGGAAAAGCGAUGGAGAAACGCGAUGAAAUAUGGGGAUUGCAGAAGCGAUAUCGUGCAGUGUUUCACGCUUUGGCGACUCCGCACUUUCAUCGCGACAUGCCACGAACUCAGAAAACGGCGGAAUCUCUAGAGACAAAGCUUGAUCGUGGAGCUUUUAAGUCGGGCAUGGAGGAAUAUCAAGCGUUGCACAACCUGCAAGAAGAGGAAAUGUAUUUUCAAGUUUUGUGAAGCUCAUAUGCAAUUCGCACCUCGAAAUCGAAUAUUCAUCUAAGUAAUAAAUAUCCAACUCCAACCACUGCCACCCUUUGUUCACAGAAUCGGACACAACAACAAAUUCGGCGACGACUCAACCGACAAGAACCGGCUGUCCUCCAGCACCACGCCAAAUGAGAAAUCGAUGUUAGACUUGGUCGAUGAGACGGAGUCGUGGCUGGAUAAGCAAGAGCACGUAGCAAGUCAAAUCCAUGAGGAAUAUCGUGGCAUGCGUGACGACUGGGAAGCAGCGUAUAAACAAUUGCCGUUAUGGACUGAAGUUCUUGCACCCAGAGCUAGAUAGCUGCGACGUAAGCAAAAGCAGUGUUGAUGCCGUAGUGAAAUUUCCUCUCUUCUCUUUUCGUUUUCCGUCGCAUUCAGCCAACAAUGUGCUCAAACAACCAUGAUAGUCGCCCCCUCUAAUUCCUCAAGAGGUUGAAGCUUCGGCGACGAGUAAGGACUACGCGAAGGAGACGCUCGAGGGUGCUUCUGCACUGGAAAAAUUGCGACGUGUAGUGCCAGGAAUCAUCCACAACACAAAGAAAAAGUUGAUGCAGAUAUUCGAAUCAACAUGAUUCGACAUGAACAUGGAGUUCAUAUUACCGGGAUUUUUAGUAGAAGUGAGGUAUGCUGCACAGUGACAGUGGUCAUCGAGGACAAGAAGCGAGUAGAGCAACAUUUGAUAGACACUAGUAGUGUGAUGCAACACCAGUCGGAAAUUAACAGCAACAUGAGAUUUUUUGUGACAGUGACACACAUGUGAAGAUUCCCCUCAUCACAAUAAGCAAGAAAUGCAACAGUUUCCAAGAAAAAAUUUAGAAGAUUGCCGUUGAAAUCGAAAGUACUAGAGAUAACCAGUUCAUCAUCUCGAAUGAGAGGAGGAGAUGCUUUGCGCUUGCGGACUGAUUCCUAGCGCAUCAUGUUGAUGCUUGGUAUCAAAAAGAUACAAGGAUACUAGAGAUGCUCACGAAAAGCCAGAACAUCAAUUUUUGCAUGACAGCUACAGAACCGCAACUGAAUAUUUUGGUGCAACUGAAACAACAAAUACCUUUGCUCCACGCUUUCUAUCAGCGAAGUUUGCCUUACUGAUUCGCAUGCUUCUACCGC